AUGCAAGACAUGUACACCGAAUUCUCGUUAAAUACGGCCGAGAUCAGCGUGUUGGACGACAAAUGUGGAGACGCGUAUGGCAAAUGCCGUUCGUAUUGCCAAGAUCGUAAGACUUGAAUUUUAUCCUAUUUGCUUUGUUGAUUACAAUAAUUUUUACUGAUUUUCAGCCAGUUUUUGCUCUUAUAUAUUGCAGUCCAAUCUGUUGGGUUAUCAUCGCAAUUCGACGGCAUUAAAAAUAUUGAAAGACUAUUGGCGCGAUAUGGACCUGCAACGCUAUGGAGUUUGGGCGGAGGAUGCGAUAGGCUUCAGACAGUACGACGGGACUUUUAUUGAUGUCGGGGUUCAACGGCUUGCAUUGCAAACGGUCAACACCUUCGAUAAGAUAGGCAGCAUUUUUAUACAGUAAGAGACUGUUCGCAAAAAUAUUAUAAUAGGCCGGCCGAAAAGUUUUGCAUGGUAACCCGAAAUAAAUAGAAGAAAAAUGUUUCCCGCCCACUUUUGCGUUUCGUCCAAACGAAGUGUCAAAAUUGACAAAAAAUAAAAAAAUCCCAAGAAAAAGGGUUUUUGUCGGACAACCCCACGAAAAAUUCUUUAGUGUCAUUCCCUCUGAUUUUACAAUUAAUCAUACAACUUGCAGAGUAAGAAUCGGCCUUGGCCGGGAUUCCAACAACAAGAACUUCGUUCAAAUGCUAUAUGACGAAGGGCACAUCGAGGAGGAAAAGGUUACAAUAUUGUUCUCGCGCUACGCCGGAACCAUGGUGUUCGGAAGACCAGACAAUCACAACUGCAGCCCAAAAUGGGAGGAGGUCAAGCUGUGUGGAACUCGCGAAUGGAUGUUUGAGGCCAUCAAAGUGUCGUUCUUCGACUACACAUCCGAACACAAUUAUAAGGUAACGAUUUUACAGGUCAUGGACCUGUAACGUCACGCUCAUACCUUGGUCAGGCCUGGUCAAACAUAUUUUCUCUCCUAAGAACGCUUAUUUUUCAGAUAAUCCUCAUUGAAAGCGGUCUGAAAAUGCCCAGACAUGUUCUAGUACAGUUUAUAAACGUCGGUUUCCUAGUUCCCUUUGACACCGGCGUACAAGGGAAUGUCUACAGUCUUAAUUUAACUAACCGCAACGAUCUACGCUACGAAUUCAUGCUCAAUUCUAAUUUUACACUACACAUAAACGAGUCCUCCUUGAAUGACGGACCCUUUACGGAUGUGGAUACGCUUUCAGCGACAGCAAUUGAUCCCAAUCCAGAUAACGUGGAAUGGAUGUUCGGGCCGUUGGUGUUUAGAGAAUAUUGCGUUCACUUAGAUUACAAAAAUAACAUGUUGGGCUUCUCAAAGCGGAGACGGACAACCGGAGACUAA